AUUCCUAUACCUUCGAUUAUAUGAUUAUUAGUAACACAGAAAACUACAGUUCCCGUUGCAAAUAAGAGCGCUGUACAGUGUUUUUAGCUUAGCUGGUACGCACGAGUGAACCUGUAGCCGAGGAAAACAUUUGAAAUUGCCCUCUUGUCAUGCCGGUGCACCGUGACCGGGAGAAGAAGGAGAAUACAGCUGAAGAGAUGGAGGUGGAGGAGCAGGAGCAUGAGGCAUCCAGCUCAGAGGAGGAGGACUCUGACACCUCCUCUGUCUCUGAGGAUGGAGACAGCUCUGAAAUGGAUGAGGAGGACUGUGAGCGGAGGAGAAUGGAGUGUCUCGAUGAAAUGUCAAACCUGGAGAAACAGUUCACAGAUCUCAAAGACCAGUUGUAUCGUGAGCGUCUCAGUCAGGUGAACAGCAAGCUGGCAGAGGUGGAGGCCGGUCGGGCAGCAGAAUAUCUCGAGCCUCUGGCGGUACUGCUGGAGAACAUGCAAGUCCGCACCAAAGUAGCAGGGAUCUACAGAGAGUUGUGCUUGGAGUCUGUGAAGAACAAGUACCACUGUGAGAUCCAGGCUGCGUGCCAACACUGGGAGAGUGAGAAGCUGUUGCUGUUUGAUACAGUGCAGAGUGAACUGGAGGAGAAAAUUAGAAGGCUGGAGGAGGACAGGCACAGCAUAGAUAUUACAUCAGAGCUGUGGAAUGAUGAGUUGUCGGGGAGGAAGAAGAGGCGAGAUGCUCUAAGUCCAGACAAGAAGAGGAGACGACCUUCUGUGGUGUCUGGUCCGUAUAUUGUCUACAUGCUGCCUGAUCUGGACAUCCUGGAGGACUGGACAGCUAUCAGAAAGGCCGUGGCUACACUCGGUCCCCACAGAGGAAAGAGCGACUCGGACAGCUCCGUCUUCCCAUUCAGACCAGACAGAAACAGGCCCAUCCUCAACUGCUGAGACACACAUGUGAAGCCAUGCAUACCUCAAACACACAUACAGCACAUAUGACACACACACGGUAGCAUUCACUUCUACAAUCAACACACACACACACACACACACACACAGCUGAACAUUUCUCUGAACACUCCUCUGCUAGCAGUGACCACAUCUGCCUGUCGGAGAUACCGCUCGGUAAGCUGCCUCUCAUGCUGACAGUCACCCACAGCAAGGACUCACAGGUUUAAAACCCUUUAAAGGACACACAGGAAAGGAAGCAUAAUUGAUCCCCAAAAACUUAGAUUGGUUGACAGUGUUAUGUCAGUGCCUGUGCAUUUCAAAUGUUUGUACUGACCCACUGAUAAAACGAUUCUGAAAAACCAUGGACUGUUCCAACUAGCAGGCCACAAUCAUUCUGUGCUCAGUGACAAGUUCAAGGAAAUGGCUUUGCAUCACAUGCUCAUCAGUGUGUGUAAUCGAUAUUUUUAGGCUUGAGGGUUACUGAUCACUCUUCCAAUGACAUAAAAGGAAAGUACAGGUUUAUCUAUGACCCACUGUGCCACGGAAUAUUUAGAAUAUUUGUACUUUUUAUGUGAAUCAGUCUAAAUGUUUUGUAUGAGACUGUUCUCUUAUGUUUGAAUAGUUCGAUGGUGAUCACAUUACUUCUGGACAGUUUUCUGUUGUUUUGGAGAGCAAUUAUGUGUGUUCAUAUGUGACCAAGUCAGUUUAGUCAGUACAGUCAGAGAUGAGUUAAAAGCUCUUGAAAAUCUGUCACGAACUCCAUUAGACCACUAACUCUGUUGGUAACUGUAAGCAGUGAUUAGAAUAUAACAAGCAGCAGACAUUAUUUCAGCAGAUCCUAUUAUACAGACCAUACAGUGUUCAUUGAUAUCUGAGCAUUUGAAUCAUUUUUUUCCUCAACAGAUUUAUUUGUGUUUUUGUCAGAAUAGCUUGUUUUCAUGUGGAUAGUCAAUUAAAGUUCAGUUCCUCUUCUCCUUAUUUUCCCCUACAUCACUGCAGUCUGUAAAACAGUAACUAAAUGUGGUGCCGACAGCAUGUUAACAGUUAAGUUGCAAAGGCAUCCCUUUAAAAGUUGUUAUUUAGCAAGUAUUGUUAGGUUCUUCACUUUCAUAUCUACCUCUUGUCUCUUCUGAGUCUUAAAAAUUCAUUACAUUGUUAUUCCCAGACAUCUAAAUGCUGCCAUCUUUAUGACCAUCCAGAGAAUAGUUGAUUUGUUGGUUCAGUGUGUUGCUGGUUUUUGGCUGUUUAGGUUCAGAUGUUUUUCAAUCCUGCAGUGUCACUGGCUAAUUGUAUACAUGGGGAAAGAACCAAUGCAACAUCCUUUCAAUCAUACCGCACUGUUUAAUCUUCGCACAAACAACCCAUUGUUUAUAGACUGAUGAACAAAAACUGCCAUUUGACAGUAUUGAUUUAAUGUGGUUAAUAAAGAUUAAAGCUGUGGGGGUUUUAAAUAUUCAAACUGCUAUAUUUUUGACAGUGUAUUUUAAGUAAUGUGUCAGGUACAUUUGAGUCUUUUUAAUUAUGUGGAUGGGUUUUUCAAUUAAAAUUUGUUUUUUAAAUA